AUGAGCAAUACCUUCUUGCCUGCCAUCUCAGAAGAACCAUCGAAAAGCUUCAUGGACGAGGAUGUUUUUGAUGAAAACGAGUUUUUGGAAACCGAAAACGAAAACGAAGGACUUGUGACUCCAACAAAGACCAAGCCUGAUGAAGCUCUGAGUACUCCCCAAGCUCCCAAGAAAAAACCAGCGAUGAAAAAAAGCAUUGCAAAUGCCCAAAAUGCCAGCAACUCUGUUGAUCCUGUACAAGUUGGACUUCCGAGCAAGUUCGAUGUCCUCUGUGGUCAGUCCCGCAUAUGCGCCAAUCACACUGGAAAUUGUAGAUUUCAAGUCGUCUUGGACAUUUAUGCAUCGAGGUACGAAGCUGCCAAAAGUAAACAAGAGAAAAUGAUGCUUACCAAAGAAAUAGUGGGUUGUAUAGCUACAUCCGGAGGUAGGUUUCUGAAGUACAAGGAUGGAUUGUGGAAUGAGAUUUCCAGCGUAACAGCUCGAGACAAAGUCAGUCAUGCACUGCGUACCAAAGUGCAAACACGGAAGAAACAGCAAACUGCGAAACCUUCAUCGAGUGCUAAGAAGAAAGGUUCCACUCGGAAAGGAAGGCACUGCCGUAGACGCUCGGCACCAGCAUCAUCAGCCCACACUAAUGAUCUAUCUGAAGUUAGAGCCGUAUCAUUCGAUGGCAGUGAUGGCAGUAGUACAUCAUCAAAUGCCAUCAUGGACGACCUUCUGCGUGCGCAGAGGGAAAUUUUUGAGCAACUGACAAAAGGUGACAAGCAAACAAAUACCCCAAGAAAAACAAACCAACAUCCUUUGAAACGGACUGAAACUUGGUCGUAG